AUGUCGUCGGCCGUGCUACGUGGAACGAUUAAUUUAGUCUCGUCUGUAUAUCCAUUGAAUACAUCACCAUCAUUUGAUUAUGGUGAAACCUUAUGCCUAUACGUUGAAGAUAGAUCACAGGUGCCAAAAACAGAACAUGCCCAAAAAUAUCCAAGAUAUAAUGGAUCUAUUAUGCUUGGUCGAAAAGCAAUUAACCUAACACAAGAUACUAAGUUUCCAUUAGAAUUUCAAUGCGAAUAUGAUCCAACAAAAGCAUCAAAUAAUCGAUUCGACAAGUUAUGUAAAGAAGGUUUUAUAACUGUUGGUGCCGAAAUUAUUGACGGGCGAGGAGAUAUGACAAUAUACUGGGUGGUAGGUCCCGAUCCAAAAUUUGAGCAAAACAUCAAAUUAACUUUAUUUAACUGA